UUUGCUAAUCAGAUGUGCACUGUGCGCAGCCAUUGAGAUGUGCACGCACAAUGAAAUCGAGUUGUGAUACAAAAAAAUAGACCAUGAACCCAAAGGCUGCCCACACAGCUACAGUGACCUGAUCAUUACAGCACUAGAUCACUGUGAACCAUAGGAAAAGAUGCAUGUCAAAUCUGUCUUCGUUUUGUGUCUGGUUUUGGCGACCGCGUUGGCAGCCAGCGAUGACCCUCCUGUAGUUACGACGAGCCAGGGUCGCAUCAUCGGUACGAGGCUCGAGUUCAGCCCCACGGACCCCGAGCUUGGCCGUAGCGUGGACGCCUACCUCGGUAUACCGUACGCUGAAGCUCCCGUGGGUCCGCUACGCUUCAAACCUCCCGUAGCCAAGUCAUGGAGCGGGGAGUUACAAGCUAUCAAGCUCGGCAAUCGCUGUCCACAACCCAGCAUGCCGAUCGGCAAAUUGACUUUGUCUGGGCCCUUCGAUGAGGAUUGUCUGUUCGUUGAUGUGUUCGUCCCCCAACCUCUGCCUUCAGAUGCAGCCGUUCUUGUCUACAUCCAUGGCGGAGGCUACAUGAUGGGAGCUGGAAUUUUAAUUGAGGAUCUGUAUCCCACCCCAUUGGCAUCUGUAGGUGACGUCAUUGUCGUCACAAUGAAUUAUCGACUCGGCCCUUUUGGCUUUCUUUCAACGAAUGAUGACAUCAUCCCAGGUAACAUGGCACUGUUGGAUCAACGUCUUGCCAUGGAAUGGGUCAGAGACAACAUCAAAGCUUUUGGCGGUGAUCCCGGGCGAGUUGCCAUCUUCGGUGAGAGCGCAGGAGCAGCCUGCGUGGGCUUGCACAUGGUGUCACCGGGCAGUGCAGGGCUCUUCCGUGGCGCCAUCUUGGAGAGUGGCGAUGCUGCUGCUCCUUGGGCUACCUUGCCAGACGGUGCGGCACGGAGAGCGGCCUUUGUUUUCGGAAAGCUGGUCGGCUGUGAACGUCAGACGUCGGAAGAGUUACUGGAAUGUCUGCAGCAAAUUGAAGGCUUUGACACGAUUGUCGAAAACCAACAUGAGAAGCUUCUGCAGGAGUUGGGUGGAGGAAUGCAGGCCUUCGCACCAGUUGUCGAUGGCGAGGUCAUCCCUGCUGACCCCAAUGACCUCUACGAGCAGGGCGCCAUCAACGAUGCAGUAUCAAUCGUCGGGGCUCAGUCUGAUGAGGGGAUGUUCAUGCUCCUUCUUGUUUUCCCAAACAGCACAGACGAAGCACCGUUCGUCGACAGCGAUACAUUCGAUGCUAUCGCUCAAUUCCAUUUAGGUUCGCUGCUGAGCUCUGAGCCGAUUGUGAUAGAGGCAGCCAAGCUAAUGUAUGGUAACGCCUCAUGUUACGGUUUACCAGACUGUGACUAUCUAGACAGCCUCUCACAACUUGUCGGUGACGUCAUUUUCUUAUGCUCCGGAGACAAAACGGCAAGGGCCUUCACCAAGGCUGGGCGUCAGGUGUACCGCUAUUACAUGAAUCACGUCCCCACCACCACCAUGCUAGGUAAGAAGUGGACCAAGUCAACUCACGGUGACAACGUCAUCUUCGUCAUGGGUCUGCCCCUCAUCCCGUCUGUCAACUGGACGUUCACUGAAGAUGAAGCCCGUAUGUCGAUCCAGACUAUCAAAUACUGGGCUAAUCUAGCCAAGACUGGUAAUCCCAACUUGUCCUCCCUAGAUGCUGAGCAGAGGGAGGAGGAGAAGCUGCCAGAAUGGCCGUUGUUCACCCUGGAGGAACUCGCCUACAAAGACCUUUCAGUCUCCAUGCGGAAUGGGCGUGGCAUCAAGGCUAAGGAGUGCCUCAUGUGGAAUGAGUUCAUGCCAAAACUCAUCAAGAUUGCCGAAGAGGCGAAAGGAUGUCGAGAGGUGAAAGAGACCAAAGAUGGCGACGCUGGAGAAGGCACGUGUACCAAGGAAACAUGCCCAGAGGAGUAGAGUACAGUUCGACACACCAAACUUAUUGGAAUAUGGAAAUUUGAAUUACUGCUUAGCAGGUUUUCAACAAUGACAACUCUUUUAUCAGUUUUUAAAGGAAACUUUCAGUAGUGAGCACGUUACGCAUUAAGAGUGAUUGCUAAGAAUGAGGCAUCAAUUCAAAUCCCAAGUUGAAAUUACACUAGUUUGGGGCAAGGAGGGAAUUAAGGCCAGUGUAUAAUUGCAAUGUGGAAUUUUGACCCCAAGCUGUAGCCGUAAAAUAUUCUAAUUAAGACACCACCCUAAUACAGACCUGUUUACGAAUUCAUGAGACAGUUCCUUACGUAAUAUACGACAUAUACAACGAAUGCAACAAAUAUGUUGGGCGCCGCUGCGCAACGUUUCGAUUUACAUGUAAAUACUCAUUGAACGGCUUUUACGACGGCUAUUUUAUGUAUGUAUCUGCACAGUGGCCACGGAACCGCGUAUUAAACUAAUAUGUUACAAAUGAGUUUGUUAAUCCCCCCCCCCCGUACAAAUUGGUCGCCAGUUAUGCAUCUAGCUAAUUUAUGUUUUUUUUAGGUGCUUAUGGUUAAUAAAUGCAGUGCUAGUUUCAAUGGCUGUUGUAGUGGUAGGAAAGGGCAUUACUACUUUUGGGCCCAAACAAAAAAGUCUCCGGUUUCUGGUAUGCGCGCGCGUCGCAGUAGCCAUGCGCGUCGGCAAA